AUGUCAUCAUGUGUUGGGAUCUUGGAGACAUUUACAGAAUUUUCAAAGGAUAUUUCAAAUGGUUUUGAUGUUACAAUGGAUCAAAAACAGUUUGAUAUAAUAUCAAACAUAAAAUCAGAUGAUAUUAAAAAUGUGAGAGCGAACUCGAUGAAAUUUUUUAAAGCUCUUUCUUCAAGAGGAGUAACUUUGAAGGAACCUGUCUUUGAAGUUAUCGCCAAACUUGAACAUCAAAAAUGGAUUCACCAAAUUAUCGGAAGUAUGCUUGCUGGAUAUUUAUGUGGACGGCAACGGGAUCAAGAGUUUAAGCAAGUUAAUCCCAUGUUGUACGGUCCAUUAACAAUCAUUAUGAUGCCAGCUGAUUGUGCAGUAAGAUAUUGGCCAUAUAUAUCGAUUAUCAUGGACGCAUUUAUUUAUCACUCUUCUUUCUAUAUGAAUAUGAAAGUUAAUGAAGAGAGUAUCUGGCAUUCAUAUGCAAUUCCCAAAAUGAUUCAAUGUUGUCUAUCUAAAAAAGAAAUGAUUGCGGCAUUGGUAUUGCAUCAAUUUAUACGGGGUAACGUCACUUGGCAGGCAAAAUAUACAUUAACUACUAAAGUCAUUGAGAAUGGAGUAUUGCAGUCUUCAAUAUUCACUAGAUUUAUAUAUGAAACUAAAUUAUUAUUACAUAUUGUUGACACUUUGCAUAAAGUAGGAGAACUUUCUAGAUGCAGUCAAAUUAUCGAAUGGCUAAAAUCUUCAAUACAAGAAGAGACACCUUCAAUUGCUAGUAGUACUUAUAUUAGCUUUGACACAUCUUUAUUAAGUGGAAAACAUGGUGAUUCUACUUACAGGCUAAAAAAGAAAUUAAUUGGAGUGGAUAUCGAUCCUAAUCAUCGUAAAGUUAAAAUUGAAGAAUUACAAUUCGAAUUUUUGAAAACACUUAGUUUAUGGAUUGAUGAACAAUUGGAGGACGAAGAAAGGAAAUUAUAUACGGUUGUAAUUCUUAACUACCAAAUAUUCGUUAUAUUCCUACUAUACAUACAAAUUAUUGCCAUUAUCAAAAAUGUAUAA